AGCCCGGCCGCCUCGGGGGGCCCGCGGCUCGGACCCGGACGCCACUUCCUCCACCUCAGCCAGCACCUGCCCUGAGGAGCGAGCCACAGCCCUGCGCCCCGGGACCCCCGAGGCCUUGGCGCCCCCUCCCGCAGGAUGUCCAGGCAGGACUUGAGCAUCACAGCAAAACUCAUCAACGGAGGCAUGGCGGGGCUCGUGGGGGUGACCUGUGUGUUCCCCAUCGACUUGGCCAAGACUCGACUGCAGAACCAGCAGGGGACGGGCCCAUACAGAGGGAUGACCGACUGCCUGGUGAAGACAGCGAGGGCUGAGGGCUUCCUGGGCAUGUACCGAGGCGCCGCUGUGAACCUCACGCUGGUCACCCCGGAGAAGGCCAUCAAGCUGGCGGCCAACGACUUCCUGCGCCAGCUGCUCAUGGGAGACGGGACACAGCGGAACCUGAAGAUGGAGAUGCUGGCAGGCUGCGGCGCUGGGAUGUGCCAGGUGGUGAUCACCUGUCCCAUGGAGAUGCUGAAGAUCCAGCUGCAGGACGCGGGGCGCCUGGCCGCCGGUGCCCCGGGCUCGGCCCCGUCGCCCCCCACACGUCCCUCUGCCACUCACAUCGCCCGCGAGCUGCUGCGCACCCAGGGCCUGGCCGGCCUCUACAAGGGCCUGGGGGCCACUCUCCUCAGAGACAUCCCUUUCUCCAUCAUCUACUUCCCUCUGUUUGCCAACCUGAACGGCCUCGGGGUCAGCGAGCCGGCGGGCAAGGCCUCCUUCGCCCACUCCUUCCUGUCGGGCUGCGUGGCCGGCUGCGUGGCCGCCAUCACUGUGACGCCUCUGGACGUUUUGAAAACGCGAAUCCAAACCCUCAAGAAAGGCCUGGGUGAGGACAGCUACAGCGGCCUGGCCGACUGCACCAGCUCUGGAUGCGGGAGGGGCCGUCCGCCUUCAUGAAGGGCGCGGGCUGCCGGGCGAUGGUCACCGCCCCCCUCUUCGGCAUCGCCCAAGGCGUCUACUUCAUUGGCAUCGGCGAGCGGGUCCUCGGGUGCUUCGAGUGACCCAGCUGGUGCGCCGACCGGCCGGCAGCCGCCUCUCCGGCGGGUCUGCCCGGCCCCGCACGCUGUCUGCUGUCCUCCACCCGGCAGGACCCUCAGCCCUGGAGAAGCCGCCCUGUCCCAGCGCCCGAGCUGGCCGCAGCCCCCCUCCCCGACCGCCCCCUCAAAAGAACGGCACCUGCUCCGUUGUGUUAGUGGCGGGACCUUCACGGACAGGAAGUAGGAAGUCUGUUUGUACAUUUUACGCCCCAGUGUUGCACUCGAGCUCAGCGUUUCUGGGUCAGCUGGGGAUCUGGUUUUGUUCAUCGGAAUUAAAUGAUGGAUGCCGAGUCCUAGCACUCAUUUUGGGAGAAAGGAGACGCAGAAGGCCGAGGGCCCUGCGUGAAACCAGGGGACCUUGUCAGCUCGCAGGGCCGAGCUCAAGCAGUAGGGCCUGCCGACCAGGGCCCGGGGCUCCGCCUGAGUCCACGGACGCGCUGUGGCCUGGCCGUGCAUGAGUCGGGGCAGCCGGCAGGCUCCCCUGCCACUGCGUCCG